GCAUUGUAAAUGGGCCUGUUGCGUUACAGUUUUGCCUGUCCGGCCAUUGCUAACCUGGAGGAUGCUGCAGAGCGAGAGCUUUGAGACCCAGGAGGAUCGCAACGUGUUAACGUUUGUGGAGAAGGAUGCAGCCCGCAUUUUGAUGGACACCUACGGAAGCGUCCAGAACGGCGGUUACCGCUCGACUGUCCACGGAGCCGAGCGUGAAGAUGACUUGGCCAUUAAUAUCACAAAUGGUUACAGCCCUGAUCACAGGGGCAACUAUUUCAAGGACGGGACGACAAAAAUUGAUUUUGUGCUCAUCUGGGAGGUGAAAAAAACCACCCCAAAGAAGCAGAAGGUGCAAUGCAAGUACCAGGAGAUGGGGAAAGAGGAGAAGGAGGCAACGAAAUCCAACCUGCUCGGCCGGCACGAGAAAUGGAGGAACAAGUUCAUGAAGAAUUUGCAGAACGUGGGGCUCUUGAUGGAGAAGGAUGAGACUGUGAGUGAGAGGAAGAGCAUCCAUUACAUGAAGCUGAGCGCGCCCUGGGACGUGCUGGUGUAUUACGCAGAGGAGCUGUGUAUGCGGGCACCGCUACAGACUCAGCCUAAUCCCUGCCUUAAUCCAUCUGAGGAAAUGCUGAGGAAGCUCAAUAUCCCAAACAUCCUGUCCGAACAUGUUGCCAACAGGCCCGUGGACUACUACACCUGCGCCUUCCGCAAAUCGAAGCUCGACAAGUUUUUGAGAAGCGAUGAUCACGACACCUACUUCACCAACACACAGCGGCAUCAGAUUGUGUACGAAAUCCUGGCCACGUCUGUGUACGGGAAGAGAAAACGAGCAGAAAUUGGAAUCGACCGCUUGCUAAAUGAAAGAGUCUUCGCCUCAGCCUUCCCUCUGCACGAGGGCCCAUUUGAGUUGCCUGAAUACGACGUCCCUGCAGAAGAUCUGAACCCUCGGCAGAUUCUGUACAUGAACUGGGCGCGCUGGUCCAAGUGGUGCAAGUAUCAACCACUCGAUCACAUCCGAGAGUACUUUGGGGAGAAGAUUGCCAUUUACUUUGCCUGGCUGGGUUUUUACACCGCGUGGCUUCUCCCUGCUGCCCUGGUUGGGACGUUUGUCUUCAUCUCUGGGCUGAUGUCGAUGAACACCAACAAGUCUGCGGAGCAGAUUUGUAACACCAGCACUCAGCACCUCAUGUGUCCUCUCUGUGAAAGCUGUGACACCUGGAAUAUCUCCGAGAUCUGUUCAAUGGCUAAACUGGGUUACCUCUUUGACCACCCCGGCACUGUCUUCUUCAGCAUCUUCAUGUCCUUCUGGGCGGUGACCUUCCUGGAGUAUUGGAAGCGCAAGAACGCCACGUUGGCGCAUCACUGGGACUGCAUGAACUUUGAAGAGGAGGAGGAACGUCCGAGACCUGAGUUUGCGGCAAUGGCCCCGGCGAUGGAACAGAACCCGAUCACUGGGAUCAAAGAGCCGCACUUCCCCGAGAGAGACCGCACGUCUCGCAUCAUCACAGGCUCCAUGGUCAUAAUAAUUAUGCUGUUUGUGGUGAUGAUCUUCCUGGUGACGGUUAUCAUAUACCGAGGGAUUGUCAGUAUGAUGAUGUAUCACACAGGCAACGCCAUCCUGAUGACCCAGGCUGGGAACAUCGCCAACAUCAGCGGCUCCAUGGUCAACCUCGUCCUCAUCAUGCUGAUGGGCCAGAUCUACACCUCGCUGGCGGAGAAACUCACCCGAUGGGAGAUGCAUCGCACACAGACUCAGUUUGAGGAUGCCUUCACCUUUAAAGUCUUUGUGUUCCAGUUUGUCAACUUCUACUCCUCCCCAUUCUACGUGGCGUUCAUAAAAGGCCGGUUCGUCGGAUACCCGGGACAUUAUGGAAAGUUGUUCGGAAUGAGGAACGAAGAUUGCGGCCCGGGCGGGUGCCUCAUCGAACUUGCUCAGCAGCUCUUCAUCAUCAUGGUGGGGAAGCAGAUCAUCAGCAAUGUUCAGGAGUUUGUUAUCCCGAAGCUGAAGGCAUGGUGGCAGAAGAGGAAGCUGGCCAUUAUCCGGGGAUCCCAGAUCUGCCAGGAGCCCAAACACUGGGAGGAUGACUAUGAACUCAUCGCAUCUGAGGGUCUGUUCGACGAGUAUCUGGAAAUGGUGCUGCAGUUUGGGUUCAUCACUAUCUUUGUGGCCGCCUUCCCACUGGCUCCACUCUUCGCCCUGCUCAACAACUGGGUGGAGAUCAGGCUGGAUGCUCAGAAGUUUGUGUGUGAAUACCGGAGACCGGUGGCCGAGCGGGCUCAGAACAUCGGCGUCUGGUUCAACAUCCUCGACGGCCUGGCCCAGCUCUCCGUCAUCAUCAACGCGUUCCUGAUUGCAUUUACAUCGGAGUUCCUCCCUCGGCUGCUCUACCAGUACGAGAACAGUGGGAGCCUGGAUGGAUACGUGAACUUCACACUGGCCUACUCACCCUACAGCUACGUCAGCAGCAACUACACCAUAUGCAGGUACAAAGCAUUCCGUGAUCCCGCUGGGAAUCUCACCCUCUUCUAUUGGAAGCUGCUGGCCGUUCGACUCGGAUUCAUCAUUGCCUUCGAGCACGUGGUGUUUCUCAUUCUCCGUCUGAUCGACUGGAUGGUGCUGGACAUCCCAGAGUCCCUGCAGGUGAAGAUUAAGCGGGAGCGGUACCUGGCCAAGCAGGCGUUGGCGGACAACCAGGAUGUUUACCUGUCGGAAAUUGUAUAUCCAGAAGUACCAUAAGCCUGCAAGUGGCAACUCAGCCUUACAGGAGCUAACUGGCUAUUACACAGUCGGCCAGGGUCUGCCCGGGCUGGGAGAUGUGGAGUGGACACUGCAGGACCAGGCUGUAGACUUGCUCCCAUGUCAGUGCUCUCUCUGCUUGGUGUUUGCUGCACACGUGGCUCGUUCCUCCUCAUGCUGGCUUUGCAUGUCUGUGACGCACCUUCACACACGCGGCAGAUAGAAUGGGUCACCACUCCCCCCACCCUCACCCCCCCACCCUCACCCCCCACCCACUCACCCUCACCCUCUC